AUGCUUCGAAUUAUACAAAAUGCUUCUGGACGUUUGAAAAUACCAACUGUAAAUUCCCGUCGUUUUUAUGCGAAAGAAGUAAGAUUCGGACCGGAUGUUAGAGCUCUCAUGUUACAAGGAGUUGAUAUCUUAGCCGAUGCUGUAGCCGUCACCAUGGGUCCUAAAGGACGUAAUGUGAUACUGGAUCAGGGUAUGGGUCCUCCUAAAAUUACUAAGGAUGGCGUAACUGUUGCGAAAGGUAUAGAAUUGAAAGAUAAGUUCCAAAACAUUGGUGCCAAACUUGUCCAGAAUGUUGCUCAUAAGACUAAUGAAGAAGCUGGUGAUGGAACAACAACUGCUACAGUUCUGGCGAGAGCUAUUGCAAGGGAAGGAUUUGAAAAUAUUUCUAGAGGUGCUAAUCCAAUUGAAAUAAGAAAGGGAGUUAUAUUAGCAGUAGAAGCUGUAAAAGCAAAACUUAAAGAAAUAUCUGUACCUGUAAAUACAGCACAAGAGAUAGAACAAGUAGCUACAAUAUCUGCCAAUGGAGACAAAAGCAUUGGCAAAUUGAUUGCAGCUGCAAUGAAUAGAGUCGGAAAAAAUGGCGUUAUUACAGUUAAAGACGGUAAAACGUUAAAUGACGAAUUAGAAGUAAUAGAGGGGAUGAAAUUCGAUCGUGGUUUUAUUUCUCCAUAUUUUAUAAAUUCCAAUAAAGGCCCUAGAGUCGAAUACAAUGAUGCUUACAUCCUAUAUUCAGAAAAGAAAAUAUUUACUGCGGCUCAAUUAGUACCAGCUUUAGAAAUAGCAAAUGCAAAGAAGAAACCUUUAGUUAUUAUUGCAGAAGAUUACGAUGGUGAGCCUUUAUCAGUUCUGGUAGUUAAUAAAUUGAAAAUAGGAUUACCAGUAGUUGCCGUUAAAGCUCCUGGAUAUGGUGAAUACAGAAAAAGUGCUUUACAUGACAUGGCUGCGGCAACAGGAGGAGCCGUUUUCGAGGAUGAUUUAAACUUAAUAAGACUAGAAGAUUGCCAACCCGAAAGUCUUGGUCAGGCAGGUGAAGUUAUAAUUACUAAAGAUUCAACUCUUUUACUAAAAGGAAAAGGCGAUCCAGCAGAGGUUAAACAGCGUAUAGCUGAAAUAAAAAAUGAUUUGGAGACUACUACCAGUAAUUUUGAUAGAGAGAGGCUUAUAGACCGUUUAGGUCGCCUUCAAGCUGGCGUUGCAGUUUUAAUGAUCGGAGGUUGUAGUGAAGUCGAAGUGAAUGAGAAAAAAGAUCGUGUAAACGACGCUCUUAAUGCUACUAGGGCAGCCAUUGAAGAAGGAAUUGUACCUGGUGGAGGAGCAGCUCUUUUGCGAUGUAUUCCCACUUUAGAUAAAUUGAAACCAGCUAACUCUGACCAAGAGAUAGGCGUGUCCAUAGUGAAAAAAGCCUUACGAACACCAUGUAUAACAAUUGCUAGUAACGCUGGAUAUAAUGGCGCCGUUGUAGUGUCAAAAGUAGAAGAAAUGAGUUCUGAAUACGGCUAUGAUGCUUUAAAUAACGAGUAUGUUAAUAUGAUUGAAAGAGGCAUUAUUGAUCCUACAAAAGUCGUUAGAAGGGCCUUAACUGAUGCCAGCGGUGUCGCUUCAUUACUUACUACAGCAGAAGCAGUUAUUUGCGAGUUGCCGAAGCAAACACCACCUAUACCCGACUAUACUCCUCUAGGGGAGGGAUACCUGUAA